GCGGGGCUUACUGCAGGUGGCGUUGUCAGUCUGCAAUUUUGAAGUAGGGGCUGGAGACGACCUGAAAAAAGUGCAGGCAAAAGUAAUGUGACUCGGUCACGCUGGGUGGUCAUCAUCCUUGUCAGCGAGAUGACGGGAGGUACAGACUGCCCCUGGACAGGUAGUUAGGAGUGUGCGCUACCCUGGACGAAGAAGAGCCGAAUACUCGGGACCAGGAUCAGUGUUGUACAUUACUAAAGGGCCCGGGAUGCCCAAGGAACCGAGAGGAGAUGCCCAAGGGUGUGUAGGAGAGAGGGAACGCACCUCCCGUCCAGCCAGUAAAAAUGCUAAAGACAAAAGCAACAGCGCCGCCCUUUUGGCCUCUAGAGCAAGAGCACACACCGAACAGAAAAAAAAUGGACGUGAUUCGCGCUUCUCGGAGAAAGACUCUGGUUACUCGGACACUGGCUCAGACUCCUUGCAGACUGAUGCAGAUGACCAGCAGAGCAGUGUGAAUGAGCCUCAGGUCCGCAGGGGUUUGGGUGGGGCAGAUCAAGGCCCCCUACAUGGAAGCCACAUACUGGUGUCCGAGACGCCUGAACUCACCCCCAUAUUCAUCAUUAAGAAUGUGGUGUUGAAGCAGCCUGGGCAGUCUGGUCAGGACCACAUCCUUCCUUCAGCUCUGUCAUGGGAUGGAGGUGCUACAAGCAGUCAGGCUCCCACCCAUGUUCUCUUGCUACAUCAACCUGGCAUCAAUCAAAGCGCCCCAUUGCACAUCCUCAAACCCCAGCCACAGAGAUCCGAAAGCAAGGGUGUAAAGAAGAGCAAAAACACUUACCUCCCCAUCCUAAACUCCUACCCUCGAAUAGCACCUCACCCGAGUAAGAAAACCCCAGAGAAACCUGCGGCCAGUAGAGGAAGUAACACAGAGGAGCACAGCCUGAGUAAGAGAGUAUGCACAGAGGAGAAGAGAGAUGAGGUGUCCACAACCACGCGAGCGACCAAGCAGCAUCUGCACAAACAGCCAGAGAACAACUUGCUGUUACACUCUCAAUCCCUCUCACAGUUGCUGUUUGCUGGCCAUGAGACGCUUUCUGGCUCUCACCAGCACCAGAGCCCAUGCCGCCCAUCUAGUCCCACUUCCUCCCUCAACGUGAGCUCUCCGUCAAUCUCAAGCACACAGACUCUUUCCCCACCCUCUUCCAACGACCUCAUCCAGCCCAGAAAAGGGCCCCAUAAGCAUUGCCCAGAACCGAAUAGUGACUCUGGCAAAGAGUCGAACAACCUCAAAGGGACAGCACGGCACCGUCGCUUCCUCAACACAGUGGAGAUUCUGAGCCAGUUGGGACUACUGGACAUCACCUUAAGGACGCAGGAUCUGCUGCGGCAAAAUGCUGCAACCGAACGUGACAUAGCCCAGCUACGCCAACAUGCCCAUCUGCUUUUCCAGGCCGCCCAAGCAGGUGCUGAUGCUCCAGCUGCCUGGGAGAAGCUCCAACAGGUCAUGGCUGAGUCUGGGCACUAUCCCAGCCUCAAGUGCCUACCUACAGACAGCAGCAAUGGAGGGUCUCAAUCAAAGGUGGAAGUCGAGGCAGCCACCAGCACCAAACCUGAUACUCCUGUGGUAUAUGGAUAUGGACUUAAUGGGACUGAAGAGGUGGCACCCCCAUCUCCUCUUCUAGCUCCAAUGCCAGAUGCCGAAUACCAGUCAACAGGUCAAUAUGAUUCUAUCAGUGAUAGCACCACCACUUCUGAGCAAAUCAGAGCACAUAGAGGAACCAUGAGUCCACCAGAUGAUCCCAUAAUGCCUCCAGACAGCUCUACACAUGGAAACCUGCUUUAGACUGCACCCUGAAGCCUGCUGAGCACUGGGCGUUUACAGCAGAGAAACAGCAAGGGAGACUUCAAGAUACUUUCCCGAACAUCUCAAACAUGAUUUGAGAGAUGUUGUUAUUGCCCCAAUAUUCAGUCGUCUCCAUGGUAACUCAGGGCUAUGCUCAAGGACAACGUCUUGACUGCGCUACAUGCCAUCUUCCUGUCUGUCUCAUUUCUAUACUCAUCUGCAUCAGCAAUCACCCAAAGUGUCUGAUGAGAGCUACACAGAAUUUAAUGUACAUGCUACAGACUGCCACUCGUUAGUUUUGUCACUGACAAUGCUAUCUGCAACAGGUAUCCUGCCCCAUGGAAUCAAGAAGCAUGAAUCAAGAAGCAACUUCAGGUUUUCAAUGGCCGUUUGCAAAUGUUUUUGAUUGCAACACUUCAUGAAUAGUUGAUCACAGAGUAAUCAAAAAUGACAGCCUAUUUCCUACUUUAUGUUGAUUUAUAUCAGAGACUAGUUGAAUAAUUUCCAAUUGCUGUCACAGGUUGUAGCAUGUAGCGUUUCUGAAGAACAUGACUGGGAAUGUUAUUUUGCAAAAAUGUGGUAAAAAUUAGUGAUGAGAUCCCCUCUGUGAGGCCUUGUCACUUAAAGAAAAUAAAGAUGGUGCAUGAAGGUGCCGAAAAGUCCACACAUGCAAAGACACUAAGAACUGUGUGAGAAUUAUUCUCACAGUGAUCUUGGUAAAGUCCAUGGAGCUUUUGUUCUUCUAUGCAGUGCGCACUUCAUUAAUCUCAUUGCAUUGAUCUGCUUGCUAUAUGUCUUCAUCUUUGACCAUGGACCAAGACACCCAUUACUCAAGCCUUUGAGAUGAAAGGUCAAAUUUGAGUGUUUAUGUGAGCUGUAUUUCCCAUUCAUUUGAUCACAGAUCAUGAUGUCUAUGAAUUUGUGAAUUUUCUUGUGUUAAUAGUGUUUUGUGCCAGCCUUAAUGUAUUCUUCAACAUCUUUACUUUUCUUUCCCAAUUCUCUACUACUGCACCAAGCUUUUUGGCACAUUUUUGAUACUCUUGACAUGGCACUAAUGUAUUAUUUGUUGUUGCUGUGAUAUAUUUCCUUUUAUUUACUUACUGAGUAUUUCUGUGUAACAGAAGUUGUGUAUGAACGCAGUCACUGAUUUGUGUCUAAAAAAGCCGUCAGGCCCACACAGAGAUUUUGCUGUCAUUCACAAAGUUGUGCACGUCAUGAUUGCAUAUUCGUUUAUAAAACAUUUUGGCUAAAUUGAUAAGGGUUUCAGAGUUUAGUACUUUAUAGUUUAACACGUUUUAUGUUUCAGUACAGUAGAUUUUCAGAUAUUUUCCCCUAAAAUAAAUACAGAAAACGAGGAAAGGUCUGCAGAUUCCACUUGGGCCAGAUUGUUUUAUAACCUUAGAGUUCUUCUUUGUGACUGAUUAUUUCCCCUUCUUCAUUAGCUCUUUCAUUUUCUUGUUAUAGAUAUUAAUGGUGUGUUUGUACACAGCAAUGAUCUUAAGUCCAAAUAAAUGGCAAGUCCUGGACCUGCCAGAGACAGUG